AUGAAAAUAAGUGCAUCAAGUCCUCAACAACAAGCAAUUGUUCGUUCAUUUCUUCAACAAUAUGAUUAUGCUUUAUCGAUUAUGGAACGUGAGUGUUCAUAUCAUCCGACUGCUGCAAAUUAUCGUAUGCUUGGAACAUUACUUUGUUCAAAUAGUAUAACCAAUCAAACAGCUGAACUUCAUGGUGCUUAUUUGGAUUUAAGUAAAUGUCUUAUACAACUUAAACGUUAUUCACAAGCGAUUGAACAAUUAACUACACUUUCAAAAAUUCAACAACCAAAUCAAAAUGCUGAAGCUUAUUUACAACGUGGGAUUGCGAAAAUGAGAAUGUUUGCAAAAUUUAGUGCUCAAGAAUUAGCGAAAUUGUCAUCAAAUCGACGACCAUUAUUGGAUAUUAAUAAAGCACCCGUUAUCGAACCAAAUAAUGCUGAAGCAUAUCUUGCACAUAAUGCCCAUUGUGAACGUUGUUCUAAAGGUGUAUUAAAUUGUAAUGAAGCAAUUCGUUUAAGCUCAAAUCUUGUUCGUGUGUAUCUAUAUCGUGAUUGUUUAAAAUAUUCUAUUCGUCUAUAUGAUCAUGUUAUUAAUGAUUUAACAAAAGCAUUAAUAAUAGAUCCAUCGUGUUCGCAUGCAUAUUAUAAUGGUGCAUUAUGUUAUAUACGUCGAGGAAAUCUUUCUUUGGCAUUUAAAGAUUUUGCUAUUGUUCUAUGUCUUGCAUCAACAGUAACAAAUAGUAAUACUCAUUAUUAG